AUGGAUUGGCAAGGGCAGAAACUGGUGGAGCAGCUGAUGCAGAUCUUACUGGUGAUUUCCGGCGUCGUCGCGGUGGUUGUUGGCUACGCGACGGAGUCGUUCAGGACGAUGAUGCUGAUCUACGCCGGUGGUGUCGUUCUCACGACGCUGAUCACUGUUCCUAAUUGGCCUUUUUACAAUCUCCAUCAUCUCAAAUGGUUAGAUCCAAGCGAAGCCGAGAAGCAUCCCAAACCACAAGUUGUCGUUGCUUCUUCGAAGAAGAAAUUCUCUAAGAAAUAAGUCUGUAUCUCUCUCUCUCUCUCUCGAUGUUGUUUUUAUAGGAAUUGUUUCUAUGAGAUAUUCUAAAAUCGGGAUCUUUUUGUUAUGAAUUGAAUUUGUGGAGUUUCUGUGUCGAUUCUUAUCUAUCUC